AUGGACAGAGUGUUCACGUUUGCGAAACCAUGCCUAACAGUGGCCGACCCGGAGCUCGUCAAACAAAUUCUGGUCAAAAAUUUUAAUGCAUUUCGUAACCGACGGCCAUCUGUCAGCGGUAAAUUCGUGUUCUCCAAAAUGAUGUUAAGUGCGAGGGAUGACGAUUGGAAGCGGGUCCGGGCGAUAGCCAGCCCUACCUUCACGUCCGGAAAAAUCAGGAAAAUGUAUGCUCUGAUUAACCAUUGCUGCAAAGAUUUCCUCAAUAACUUGGAUAAGGAUGUGUCGAAUGGUAUGAAUGAAGUCGAGUUGAAGCAACUGAUGGGCGCCUACACUAUGGAUGUGAUCGCCAGCUGUGCCUUCGCUACCAAAACCAAUACAUACACCGAUCCUAACAACCCGUUCACCACCAAAGCGACCGAUCUGUUCAAUGUCCCCAUUUGGAAAGGGUUGUUGCAAAUGACCCUGCCCACUUUUAUUGUAUACAGUAAUAUAUACCGUAAGCUUAUAGGCGUUAGUGGCUCUAGUGCUGACUUUUUUGUCGAUUUCACGCGAAGUCUUAUGAAGAAAAGAAAAGAUAAUAAAGAAAAACACAACGAUUUUCUGCAGCUAUUAAUGGAUGUCGAGAGACCUGAUGGAGACAUACGAGAGGCCAGUGAUGCCAAUGAAGCACAUCAUGUGAAUGAGGGUAAGGAUGAGAUCACAGCUGACGCCGAGGCCUUCAGUAAUGUAUUGGAGAAGAAGUUGACUGAAGACGAGAUAUUAGCGCAAUGUUUCCUCUUCUUCGUCGCCGGUUACGAGACAACUGCCACUACUCUGUCGUUCUGUUCCUAUGAGUUGGCACUCAAUCCCGAACUUCAGGACAGACUCUAUGAGGAGACCAAAGGAGUGUUCAACGAAAAGGGAGAAAUAGAUUACGAAGUGCUGUCGAGACUCCCUUUCCUGGACGCACUCGUAUCAGAAACCCUUCGCAAUCAUCCGCCAGCGAUUCGACUCGAGAGGGAAGCCAUGGAAGACAUAAAGUUAGGCGACACUGGAGUGAAGAUCGAGAAGGGAGUGAUCGCCGAAAUCCCUGUCUAUGCCAUACAUCACGACCCCGAGCACUAUCCGGAUCCAUUCACAUUCAACCCUGAUAGGUUUAUGCCUGAAAACCGGGAAAACAUCAAACCGUAUACUUAUAUCCCUUUCGGAUCGGGUCCACGAAAUUGCAUUGGAAUGAGAUUUGCAUUAUUGGAGGCAAAGCUAGCCUUAGCUAAGAUCUCACAGCAGUUCCGGUUCUCAAGAGUGGCCAACACUGACGUCCCCGUUGUCUUCAAUAAGGGACGGAUCCUAUUNGAAAACCGGGAAAACAUCAAACCGUAUACUUAUAUCCCUUUCGGAUCGGGUCCACGAAAUUGCAUUGGAAUGAGAUUUGCAUUAUUGGAGGCAAAGCUAGCCUUAGCUAAGAUCUCACAGCAGUUCCGGUUCUCAAGAGUGGCCAACACUGACGUCCCGCUGAUCUUCAAGAAGGGCCGCAACCUAUUACAGGCUAAACGGCUUGUGGUAGGCAUUCAAAAACGAUAG